AUGGGCGCUGUUGAAUGGAUUCGUGGAAAUUUCGGCGCUUCAGAGACGGCAAUGGACAAUGCCGUUGGAUGUCAACAAGUUUCGAGUCGCGUCAGUCGUCUACGACUGCAUGGUUCGGCGAUGCUGAAUGCCAAGGGAUUGUUACAGCAGACGGUGGUGAUUAAACUCUACCCGAUCAUACAGCUUCGUCUAUCACCGAUCCGUUGCACGUCACCAUUUAAGCGGGACAAGUCAUUCUUUGGCGUUGCUGUGCAGCAGAAAAACAAGGCAAAUGUUGAGUCGAGGAUUGAGGGGCUGGAUACUGCUCUGGAAGCUAAGUGGCUCACUACGGAAGCUUCCGAAUGCUUUGUUGAUGAGGUCAAGUCUUUGGUUGCGGAUGCAAAAUGCAUAUUUCAGAUGACAAGUGACGGGUGUGGUGGAGCGUACUAUUUGACGACGGAAUCGACUAAGAAAAUGGAUCCGAUCGGGAUUUUUAAGCCCCGAGAUGAAGAAUAUAUGGCACCAAAAAACCCACGAGGGUAUGUGAAGGAAAAUGCAGUGGUGGGUGUGACGGAGAAUCCGGUCAAUAAGGGGUUUCGAAUUGGCAACGGAGCUUUUCGUGAACGUGCUGCUUAUUUGCUGGAUAAUGCUUAUGGCAACUUUAGUGGAGUACCUGUGACAAAUUUAAUGGCUGUGAAUGUAAAUGGACAAGAAAAGGAGGGAUCGAUCCAGCGGUUUGUGACGUCGAAGUGCUCGGCGGAAGACAUGGGCACGCUCAAGUUUGCGAUCUCUGAGGUGCAUAAGAUUGGUAUCUUGGAUGUGCGGCUAUUUAAUACCGACCGUCAUGCAGGAAACAUUUUGCUACAGACGCGGCCGAAUGAUCAAACGUUUGAAAUGACGCCGAUUGAUCACGGAUUUUGUUUGCCGUCCUACAAGCAGCUGGAUGGAGCCAUGUUCGACUGGCUGCAGUGGCCUCAGGCUGAGUUCCCAUUUACGUGUGCAGAGCUUGACCACAUUGCUUCACUCGACGAAGAGCGCGAUGCGGCCGUGCUGCGUGCUGUUGGAAUCGAGGAGGAGUGUGUGACAACGAUGCGUGUGUGUACAACGGUACUGAAGCGUGGAGCGGAAGCUGGAUUCUCGCUGUUUGAGAUUGGCAGUCUGCUCCAGCGCGACGGUGACUUCUCGUCACCCUCGCAGCUCGAGCUGGUUGUUGGCAAGGCGAUGACGGUUGUGGAGAAGGAUAUGGGUCUGUCUGAGAAGAAGGACGGUGUCGCAUUCUUCAAUGCCAUUGUGGCCGAGUCCACUCGUCAGGCCGAGAGCAUGUUUGAGAGUCAAACGAGGAAAAAAGUGCGAAGUAUCAGUUGUUUUAGCUAA